UAAAUCCCCUGUGGUGAAGGGGAUUAAGAAUAUUGCCAACGCCAAGCCUUUCUGCGUGUCGUAAGAGGCGACUAAUGAGGUAAAUAGAGAAUGAAUAUGUCUCAAAAAAGAAAUUCAUACCGCAUCGGUCGUCGCGCGGGACAACAAGGGCCGCGUCCCUCAGUAAGGAACCAGGCUGAGGUCGAAAAGUUUGCUACUYYAACAAACUCUACUCAACAAGCAAAUGAGGAUUUCCACGCUGAGGAUUCUCCUCUUAGUGGCUCUCAUGAUGCACCAUCAGAAAACCCUAGAAAGACAAUUAGAACAAAAUGGUCGAGAGAAGAGUACAAAGGUGUAAUGGAAGCAUAUAUUUAUGCACAAUUGAAACCAACAACGUCGGUUACAACUGACUCAUAUAAUAUUUGGCGUAAAAACAACCCAAUGURAAGACCUUAUAUGACCGCAAACAAACUUGCAAAUACAAGGCGAGAUAUAGUGAACAAAAAUAGACUUACAGAAAUUGAAAUCCAAAUGAUAAAAAAUAAAAUAUCUCAGGAGCUGGGCAUCAGUGAUGUAAGCAGUCAAGAUAAUGUGACUGCAGAAAGUUUUGUAGAUAYCUUGCAGAAUGAUGAACAAAUGAUUGAAGUUGAUGAGCAAGAACAAUCAAAUACUAUUGAUGUUACUGAUGAAAAGYUAGUGGAUAUGGUAGAAACAAUCAUGAGAAAAUGGGAAGUAGUAAAGGAAAUGGGAUUACAAGAUAGACCAUCAAUACCAAAAAUUAAACACGAUAAGAAAGCGAAAGCAGUGCUGGAUACAGUAAAUAAAGCUCUCACAGAGAUAAAGCACAAGCUUAAACAGAAAUUUUCUAUCACUGAAGUAAAUGAACUUGUUUUUUCUUCCGCUUUUGCGGCUUGUGACACUCUUGGUUUAAAAUCUCGUAAGAAGGUAUGUAAGAAAGUCAAGCAACCACAAUGGAAGAAAAAAAUUGAAAAAGACAUCCAAAAGAUACGUGGUGAAAUAUCAAUUCUAUCCGAGAUCAAUAAAGGGAAAAAUGUGAGUUUAAAGAAAAGAACGAAAUCUGUCAUGAGAAGGCAUAACAUCAUAGAUAACGACAGUAUCCCAACAGUUGUUGAAAAGCUUAAACAACAACUACAAGCAAAAUCGCAGAGGAUUAGGAGAUUUGAAAAAAGACAAAAAUUUUUCCACCAAAAUAAACUUUACAAAGAAAACACCAAGGUGUUUUAUAGAGAACUAGGGAAAAAGAAGACCGAAAUUCGUGAAAUCCCUCAAAAAGAGGAUGUCGAAAAUUUUUGGGCCAAUAUAUGGGAGAAAGAAAAGMAUCAUAAUGAAAACGCUGGAUGGCUGAAGGAAAUACAUGACCAAUACCAACAAACUCCUGCACAAAAAUGGUCAAAAAUAUCAAUAGAGGAGACAAAAGCAGCCGUCCAGAAAUCCAGCAAUUGGAAAGCACCAGGAUGUGAUGGCAUAGUAAACUUUUGGCUAAAAUACCUGCCAGCAAUUCAUGAAGAUCUGACAUAUGCUUAUAACAGACUUAUAGAAAAUCCUGAAGAAUGUCCCAAUUGGUUAACAACUGGUAUUACGUAUCUUCUUCCAAAAAAUGAAGAAACCAUCAACCCUAAAAAUUAUCGGCCAAUCACUUGCCUCCCUACAAUGUAUAAAAUCUUAACAUCAAUAUUAACAUCUAGAACUUAUGAUCAUAUGGUGGAGAAUAACCUGAUGCCUCUAGAACAAAAAGGAUGUAGAAAAGGAAGUUAUGGGUGCAAAGAUCAGUUGCUUAUAAAUAAGGCCAUAAUGGAAGAAAUAAAAUCCAGAAAGAAAAAUCUGUCAACAGCAUGGAUUGAUUACAAAAAAGCAUUUGAUUCUGUUCCCCAUAGCUGGAUCAUGAAGUGUCUUGAAAURUAUAAAGUCUCCCCUAUUUUGAUUAAUUUUAUCAGAAACAACAUGUCACAAUGGAAAACAACCCUAAACCUCAAUCACAGUGAGGGAGUAUUAACAUCCAGACAAAUUAAUAUAAAAAGCGGGAUUUUCCAAGGUGAUUCUCUUUCACCACUUCUCUUUUGUAUUGCUCUUACCCCAUUAUCCUCACUCUUGAAUAAAAGUAGACAUGGUUACAAGUCUGGCAACAAAGUUAUCAAUCAUUUAUUCUAUAUGGAUGAUUUAAAAACUUAUGCGAAAAAUGAUGAUGAACAAACAGGCCUACUUACUAUCGUUAAAGGCUUUAGUGAUGAUAUCAAAAUGGAAUUUGGCCUUGACAAAUGUGCCAAAGCAACUUUUAAACGAGGUAAAUUGGUGAAAUCUGAAAACAUUGUGAUUGAUAUAAAUACAACCAUUCAAGAUCUUGAACAAGAAGGCACAUAUAAAUAUUUAGGAGUAAGUGAAGGUGAUGGAAUAGAACAUUCUAGCAUGAAAGAGAAAAUCAGAAAGGAAUACUAUAGACGAAUACGACUGUUGCUAAAAUCAGAACUAAAUGCCACUAACAGAAUAAAUGCAAUCAACACGCUUGCAGUCCCAGUUGUCUCGUACAGCUUCAAUAUCAUUAAUUGGAAAUUAGAAGAUUUAAGAAGACUAGAUAGAAAAACUCGAAAGCUGCUGACAACUGCAAAAAUGCACCAUCCUAAAGCCGAUGUCGAUAGGCUUUACCUUCCAAGAACAUCAGGUGGUAGAGGUCUUAUUCAAAUUGAGACAAGCUACAAGUUAACCACUAUCGGUCUUCACACGUAUUUGAACUCCAAUGAGGACUGCCUUCUUAUGAUUGCUAGAGAGCAUGAGCAAUUGAAGAACACAACAUCUGUAGAUGUUCAAGCUGCUAAGUUUAAAAGAGAAUUCGAUGUACCAGAUAUCGAAAAAUUGGACAAUGAAGGAGCUACCACCUAUGCUCGAAGAACAAAACUUAAAGCUAAAAAUCUGGCACUUGAACACUUAAAACAUAAAUGGGAAGAAAAACCUCUUCAUGGUCAGUACCCAAAACGAAUUAAUGACAAAGAUGUGGAUCAAGCACAAACGUAUGAAUGGCUUAGAACAUCUGGCCUUAAAUCUGAAACAGAAGGGUUUAUCAUUGCUGCACAAGACCAGUGUAUCAAGACCAACUACUAUAGGAAUAAGAUCUUAAAAGAUGGAACAGACCCAAUGUGUAGGAUAUGUGGCAAAAACCAAGAGACUAUAGACCAUCUUGUUUCUGGCUGCUCAGAAUUGGCCAAAACAGAGUAUAUUCAUAGGCAUAACAAAGCAGCAGCAUACCUCCAUUGGGCAAUUUGUAAGCACUAUAAUAUUGAGGUCAAAGAUAAGUAUUAUGAACAUGAACCAUCAACUGUAGAAGACAAUGAAGAAGCUACUAUACUGUGGGAUAUGCCAAUACAAACUGACAGGGAAAUAAAGGCCAAUAGACCCGAUAUAGUAGUGAAGAAUAAGAAAGAGAAAACCUGCUUGCUUAUUGAUAUGUCUAUUCCAACUGAGAGAAACACCUCCGUAAAAACAUCAGAAAAAUUAUCCAAAUACAAAGAUCUUGAAAUAGAAAUUCAAAGAAUGUGGGGUAUGAAGACCACAACAAUACCUGUGGUAAUAGGUGCUCUCGGUCUAAUCAAGAAAGGGAUGGAAAAAUAUGUCAAGCAGAUCCCAGGUAACAUCAGGGUACAGGAAAUACAGAAGGUUGCUCUCCUUGGCACUGCUCAUAUAAUAAGGAGGGCACUGUCAAUCAAAUAAACCAUACACCCCCUCAUAGAUGCCCCAAGUCCAGGGCAUUGGACUCGGCAUCAUGAGUGAAUAGAGCAAAAUAAUUAA